CAGAUUCGCUGAUCUAUUACAUUAUUACAAUGACAUGAAACAGUAAAAAGUUCAUAAAGUUUCAUAAGUCUAACAUACACAAUACAUACAAUAAUUAAUCAGUAAUAACAAUAAUAAGAGGAAUCAAGUACUGCGUAAUAAAUAGCUCCCUACAUACCGAUAUUAAUAUUACUCGUAUUAUGUUAUUAAUUAUUACUACAUUGCUAAUAAGGGAUAUGAAUUCAUUAACUAAUUAAUCAAAGAAAAAAUAAUUCUAAACAAGAAAAUGGUGGGCAGGGCAGGGCAGGCCGGCCUUCUGGUUAAUUUGGAAUCCAAUGCCAAGGACCACUGCAAGCUAUUAGCUCUCUCUCUCUGAUCUCAGGGGUUGAAGAUGACAUUACCACAUUUGCAUUUCCAGCUCAUAGGCUUGUAGUUGGAGCUGUAACUGUCAUCAUCUCCCCUGCUACUGGUGGUCCGGGCAGCACCAGCUCUUGAAGAAGAAGAAGAAGAAAUUAGCGUCUUGAUUCCAUGUUUGCUGUUCUGGGGAUUUGUGGGAACUUGAAUCGCUUCACAUUCCUGGCAAGAAACACAUCUCCGCUGGCACCGCGGCGGCCUCGACCCCAUCAACGACCCUCUUUCUCCUCCACUGCCGCCGCCAUUGGAGCUGCUUGUAAUAAUAAGAAGGUAGCCGGAGAUCAGGAAAAUCAGCAGUCCGACUGUUCUUGCGGCGGCGCUUCUCAUAUUCUCCCAAAGUUACAAUCUUUCCCGGAAAUUAAAGAAAAGAAAUCAUCAAGAACAGGGAUGGGUGAAAGUGAUAGAGGGAGCUUCACUGAUCUUCAUAUUUUCUUGGAGGUCCUAAGCUAGUUAGGUAGGGUUAUUUCAGUAAAAAAAUGUGGGGGUUGGGUGGGUGGGGUUGGGGUUGUUUUCUUGAACUUUGAAGGUAAAAAGGGGAGAAGGCAAGCCUGGGAGAAUGCGCUUUGCAGCCUUUCCCAAUACAAUCACAGAUUCAUUCAAGCAAAAGCCAAGAAUUGCAUGCAGAGAGGUAUGGGAAAGGAACACAGAAACAAACAUAUAAAGAUUGAAUUUUGUGGUGUUGGGAGGGAUAAUGGGA